GACGUUAAUUCUAUAUGAGCGCGAGCGGCGGGAGCGCGGGUCCUUUCACCGCCGGCCGCGCGGCGCCUCCGUCUCGCUGCUCCUGAGUCACCGCCGCCCUCGGGCCGCGCAGUGCUUGAAAUUGAGAACGAUGGCAGACAUAGACAACAAAGAACAGUCUGAACUUGAUCAACAGGAUAUGGAAGAUGUUGAAGAAGUAGAAGAAGAAGAAACUGGCGAAGAUGCCAACAGCAAAGCUCGGCAGUUGACUGUGCAGAUGAUGCAGAAUCCUCAGAUUCUUGCAGCGCUUCAGGAAAGACUUGAUGGUCUGGUAGGAACAUCUGCAGGAUAUGUAGAAAGCUUGCCUAAAGUUGUUAAAAGACGUGUGAAUGCUCUCAAGAACCUCCAAGUUCAGUGUGCACAGAUAGAAGCAAAGUUCUAUGAGGAAGUUCACGAGCUGGAAAGAAAGUAUGCUGCUCUCUAUCAGCCCUUAUUUGACAAGCGAAGUGAAAUCAUCAAUGCCAUUUAUGAACCUACAGAAGAAGAAUGUGAAUGGAAAGCAGAUGCUGAUGAAGAAAUUUCAGGUGAAAUGAAAGAGAAAGCUAAGCUUGAAGAAGAAAAAAAAGAUGAAGAAAAAGAAGAUCCUAAAGGAAUCCCUGAAUUUUGGCUGACAGUAUUCAAAAAUGUGGACUUGCUCAGUGAUAUGGUUCAGGAACAUGAUGAACCUAUCCUGAAAUACUUAAAAGAUAUAAAAGUGAAAUUUUCAGAAGCUGGGCAGCCUAUGAGUUUCACAUUAGAAUUUCAUUUUGAACCAAACGACUACUUCACAAACGAAGUGUUGACAAAGACAUAUAGAAUGAGGUCAGAGCCAGAUGAUUCUGAUCCUUUUUCCUUUGAUGGACCAGAAAUCAUGGGUUGUACAGGUUGCCAAAUAGACUGGAAAAAAGGAAAGAAUGUUACUUUGAAAACCAUUAAGAAGAAGCAGAAACAUAAGGGCCGUGGAACAGUUAGGACCGUCACAAAAACCGUUUCCAAUGACUCUUUCUUCAACUUCUUUAGCCCUCCUGAAGUUCCUGAAAGUGGAGAACUGGAUGAUGAUUCGGAGGCUAUCCUUGCUGCAGACUUUGAAAUAGGUCAUUUCUUGCGUGAACGUAUAGUCCCCCGGUCAGUACUGUACUUCACUGGAGAAGCUAUUGAAGAUGAUGAUGAUGAYUACGAUGAAGAAGGUGAAGAGGCAGAUGAUGAGGAGGGAGAAGAAGAAGCAGAUGAAGAAAAUGAUCCUGAUUAUGACCCAAAAAAGGAUCAAAACCCAGCAGAAUGCAAGCAGCAGUGAAGCAGUGUGUCUGUGGCCUUGAGGAUUACCUGCACUGUAAUAGCCUAAACACAACUAUUAGUUACUUACAGCCUUAUGUUUUGUAUCUUGGUAGAAUUAAGUAACCAAUUUGUUAAAAAAGAAAUCAAACACUUAAGAACCAGUUUAAAAUGUAGGUUCAAUCUACCUAGCAUUUUAACAUUAUAAUUUUCUGCCAAUAUGUAGAAUGCAGUAAAUCCCCUAAAGCAUGAAUGUUAAUUCAUUGCUACAUAGUUUGGUUCUUGUGAAGUCUUUGUCAUGUAGCUAUUAGACUGCAGCUGUGAAGAUGAUCAGAACUGUUAACUGAGACCAAUAUUUGUUUAGAGAAAACUCUCCUGAAGAACCAACCAAAGUAUUUUUUCAGCCCAGUAGUCUGAACGGGUUUAAGUCUGCUUGCACUAGCUGUGCCUUCAUUACUUUGUUAUAGAAAUGGCAGUGAGUUGUACUAACUAGGAGAUGAUGAUGCAUUUUGAAUUUGACUACUUGAGAAGACUAGCAUAACUUGUUUAAUAUCCCAAUGAGACCACAUUAAACAUUCAUAACUGUCAGCUUGUUUAUGCUAUGGGUUUUGUAUUUUAUGUGACAUAGUGAUCUACAAAAGAAACCUAGUCAUCAUAUUAAGGUUAUUGUUUACCACAGGGGUGUGAAUAAAAACUAGUAUUUUCAGAAGCUA